AUGACUGAACACGAGAGCAAGAAACAAAAAAGAAAUCAAGAAGAGGAUCAGGUUUCUGAAGGCAAUGCAGAAGAACAGCAGUAUUUGAAGCUGUGUCAAAAUAUCAUUGAAAAUGGUGAUCUCAGACCGGACAGAACCGGCACAGGGACAUACAGCCUUUUCGCACCACCGCAGCUGCGUUUCAAUCUUCAAAACGAUUGUUUCCCGCUUUUAACCACCAAGAAAGUGUUCACGAAAGGUAUCAUAUUGGAACUGCUAUGGUUCAUCUCGGGCUGCACCGACGGAAAGAAACUGUCGGAGCAAGGGGUCAAAAUCUGGGAAGGUAAUGGGUCAAGAGAAUAUUUGGACCAGCUUGGUCUUACAGACAGACGCGAAGGAGACCUGGGACCUGUUUACGGGUUUCAAUGGCGGCAUUUUGGAGCAAAGUACAGAACCUGUGACGAUGACUACAAGGGCCAAGGUUUCGACCAAUUGCGUGAUAUAAUCCACCGCAUCAAGACCAAUCCGACAGAUCGCAGAAUAAUUAUGAGUGCUUGGAACCCUCCAGACUUUGCAGCAAUGGCGCUUCCCCCGUGCCAUGUGUUCUCCCACUUUUACGUCACUUUACCCAAAAUCGAUGGAGAGAAACCCAAACUUUCAUGUCUUCUAUACCAACGAUCCGCAGAUAUGGGCCUGGGGGUUCCCUUUAAUAUUGCAUCAUAUGCUUUGUUGACCAAGUUAAUCGCGCACGUUUGUGAUAUGGAACCAGGUGAGUUUAUUCAUACCCUAGGUGACGCUCACGUCUACAAAGACCACGUCGAAGCUCUCCAGGAGCAAAUUCAACGGACGCCAAGACAGUUUCCGAAGUUGAAGAUCAAGAGGCAUGUUAGGAAUAUCGAUGAUUUCAAAUACGAAGAUUUCGAAAUCACGGAUUAUCAUCCUCAUAAAAGGGUUCAUAUGAAAAUGAGUGUAUAA